CUGGGGUAUGUGGCCGCGUGGGCGUUGCGUCCCGAUUUCAACAGCGCUGGCUCUGCGCCGACCGCCUCAAACAACGCCAGGGAGGCCCCGCUUCUCUGGGGGGGCCCUGCCCACGGCGCGCGCCCAGAGGCAGCCAACAUGGCGGCCUCGGCGGCGCCCCGCCGCCGCCACCAGGGCGGCGCGCUGCCGGCCGCCACCGCCGCCGCCGGGGCGCCGCCCGGCGGGGGCGGCGGGCCGCCAGGGAACGGCGGAAGCGGCGCCGCGGGGGCGGGCGAGGCCGACUUCGCGUGCCGCUGCGGGGCGAUCGUCGGCCAAGACGACGCGCUGCUCGCGCAACUCUGCCGCCCGCAGGCCCUCGGCCGCCGCGGGGAGCUGUCCGGCCCCGGGGCCCGCGGGCAGGCGAGGCCCUUCCAGGCCGCGGGCGAGGGCGGCCUCGCCUGCGGCGGCCUGCCGCCCCCGGCGCCCUCCGGCAGGGUGUACCCCACCAGGGGCAGGACCAGCGGGCUCCUCCUCUCGCUCCGCGGUGCCGUUGCGCCGCCGGCGCCGCGGCCCAACUGGCAGACGCGCCUGACGGCGGCGCGCCUGCGCGGGGCGCCGGGCGACGCCACCGCCGGGGGGCCUGCCGCGGCCAGCGGCGCCUCGCGGAGGGGCGGCCCGGGGCCCGCGGCGGCAGCUGCGGCCAGCGGAGGCGUCGGCUGCACGCGGCGGGCUCCGGGAAGGGCCUGCGGCUCCGAGGGUCGAAGGGGUGGGCAGGCGGCGGCAGGCCGCAGGAAGCCGGCAGCAGGAGGAGUGAAGAACGGCGGCGGGUCCGCCAGCGGAGGCGGGGCGGGAGGGAGAGGGCACCUCCCCACAGAGACGGCAAGGCCUAUUGCUGCAGGGCUUCCGGAGCCCGCCACGCGAGAGCGGCCCUUCGCAGCGGUGACCUUUGAUGCGGGCUUGCCUCCUCCUCCUACCUCCUUCUCCUCCUCCUCCUCCUCCUCCUCCUCCUCCUCCUCCUCCUCCUCCUUGCUCUGAUGCGGCCCCCGAUCGCCAAAUACGGUGGGAUGGCAGCGGCCUGCGCGCCCGGGCUUGCCCCCGCGCGAGGGGAAGAGGGUGCCACUGGCGCGCCGCCGUGCGGGGGGCCCGUGAGCGCGUUCCGCCUGCGCUGUUGUCCGCAGGCACGGUGCUUCUUCCUCAGUCAGGGUGUGAUGGGCUCCCCACGGCGGCGUCUCGUUGACAUCAGGCAGUUCGAGAGAA